AUGCUUUCCCGCUUCAAGUGCUCACGUCUGCAGCUGCAGAAGCGAGCGAUAUCGGUAACAAAGGCUACGACGACCACAGCUUCCCAACCUAAAAGACGGCGCACCACGACAUUUUCCGAUGCGCUGAACAAGGGCCCGUCGUUCGAGGACUUCGUCAGCGGCAAGGCCGCCAAGUUCACGCUCGAUCCUCUGCAGCAGGCGCGAUCCAACAUCGAGGAAGCCAAGAGGCUGCCCCGGUGGCUGAAGGUGCCUAUUCCCAAAGGCACCAACUACCACAAGCUCAAGAAGGAUGUCCGGGAGCUCAAACUCAGCACGGUGUGCGAGGAGGCCAAGUGUCCCAACAUCAGCGAGUGCUGGGGCGGCGGCGACAGCUCCAAGGCCACCGCUACCAUCAUGCUUCUGGGAGACACCUGUACUCGGGGCUGCCGGUUCUGCUCCGUCAAGACCAACAGGGCUCCCUCGAAGCCGGAUCCCGCCGAGCCCGAGAACACCGCCGAGGCUAUCAGCAGGUGGGGCCUUGGGUAUGUGGUUUUGACCACCGUUGAUAGAGACGAUCUGGCCGACGGCGGAGCCCACCACCUGGCCGAAACAGUGUGCAGGAUAAAACAAAAGGCGCCCAAAACCCUUGUGGAGACCCUUUCGGGAGAUUUUAGAGGCGACCUAGAAAUGGUCAAAGUCAUGGCUCAAAGCGGGCUCGACGUUUACGCUCACAACCUUGAAACGGUGAAAGAUCUGACGCCCCACGUGAGAGACAGAAGAGCCACCUACGAGCAGUCCCUUAGCGUCCUGAACCAGGCCAAAAAGACGGUUCCCACCUUGAUCACCAAAACAUCGCUCAUGCUUGGGCUGGGUGAGACGGACGAGCAGGUCCUGCAGACGCUGCAGGACCUCCGUGCUAUCGGCUGUGACGUUGUGACAUUCGGCCAGUACAUGAGGCCUACUAAGCGGCACAUGAAGGUUGUGGAGUACGUCAAACCGGAAAAAUUUGACUAUUGGAGGGACAAGGCACUAGAGCUGGGCUUUUUGUAUUGUGCGUCUGGUCCCCUGGUCAGGUCAUCUUACAAAGCUGGCGAAGCCUUCAUUGAAAAUGUUUUGAGGAAAAGAGCCAACAACUAG